GGGAACCGACAUCCAGACGGAAAUGAGCACCGACCCCAAUGGCUCGCGGUGGUCGACCUCGGAGAAGAACUUCGGCAAGGCCCUUCUGAAGAAAUCGGGUUGGAUCGAAGGAAGCGGCCUUGGCAGGGACCACGACGGCAUCGCCACGCACAUCAAAUCCGUCCGGAAGGAUGAUACCACGGGCAUCGGCUACAAGGCGGGGGUGCACGAAACGUGGAAUACGCAAUCGGUCGGAUUUGCCGACGUGUUGGAUCGCAUUAAAAAGAAAACCGCCAUCACGAUGAGCAACUCCGACGUCGACGAGGAAGACGACGACGUCGAAAAGAACUCGGGCGGCGAACUCCCUGCCUCGCCGGCGGGGAGCAAACAUUUUAAGAUGUACGCCAAGCGAAACGCGCUCAAGACGGAGCUCCUGCGGACGACCCAAAACAGCGAUGAAAGUAGCCAUCGCGAGAUUUUAGGCCACGCGGCACGUCAUAAACGGAGCUCGGAUACGGACGAGAAGGAGGAUAGAAAGGCGGGCAAUAAAAGAAACCACCCAGAGGAAAUGGAUCGGGCGGAAAAUAACGAAAAAGAGAUGGAAACCUUGCGCUCACCGUUAUUGCUGCGGUUGAUGGAACGUUGUGUGAAGCACGAGCUCAACCCCAACGCCCAUGUGGAGGAAGGGAGGGUGCGAAUAGUAAAGCCGACACCACGGCCGCCAAAGUGCAUGGAUACCCCUUUUCUUUUAAAAUAA